UGGGGAUUGCAGAAUCAGCUGAUAGCCGGAAACUCCUCGUAAAAUUUUUCCUCUGGAUAUGCAUUUAGUGGUAAAUUAUUUAAUAGAUCUUACUGGAUAAAAUCUUCCAUAAAAUAUGGCAAGUAAUUAUCCUGAUAUUAGACAGCUGCCGAAAUGUGUAAAAGAUAUAUCCAACUCCACGGAGUGCAUAAAAUAUUUACCCUCAAUUGCAACAAAAGCGAAAACUAGGGAUGACUUAGAAGAUGUGAUCCAACACAUUGUAGCUGUAAUCGAGUUCGAAUGUUCCACAAAAACAAGGACUGGCGGACAAGCUAUGGCCAAUCAGGUUGUGUUAAAUACGGCUUAUCGGGCAUAUUUCCAAAUAAUGCAGCAGCACAAACUUCCUGACACAUACUUAAACUCUUUGCCGAAACCGAAGUUGGUGUAUUCCGAAGAAUGGGGGUUUCAGUUACUGUACGCGUCGUUACUGACAGAUUUGAAAGCUCAAACAAAAGAGCCAGCAAAGUUAUUAGAUGAAUGCACCAAGGCAUUAGCUGACGCAGUUGACUCAGAUUGCAGUAGUCUUCUAUACAUACUGAAAGUACUUAAUUUAUUGUUGGCGAAAUUUCCCACGCUGGAAGCAAACAUUCCACUGCAACAAAUCUAUCAUUGCCUGCAAACUAAUCAAUUCGGUAUGCGUGAGGAGUCGAUGAAUCUUUUUACCAAAUGCUGUCGGCAAGCAACUGUUGGAUUUGAAAAUUUUCAAAUUAUUUUAGAGUUCUGGCCGUGGACAAAUCGUUAUAAGUUUUAUUUAAUUAGCUGUAUAUUGAAAACGUAUAAUAUAAAUGAGUUCCUUAAUAGCGCACAGCGAUCUAUCCAAGAAUUCUAUGCAGGUGUACGUCUAAGUUUGAGUCAUAAAAGCCUCUUACCUGCUAGUCAACAUUUAGUAAAGGCGCUAAGUUCACAAAACUCUCAAGAACUGCUGGAUAUGUCGGCAGAUAUAUUAACUCGCGGCACAUCAAAAGAAAUCAAGAAUUUCAAUGCUCACUGGUUUGGUCGAAUAGAGCAAAAGGAUCGAUUAUUUGAAUAUCUGCAGACACGGCCUGAGAUAGCGAAUUUUCUGGAAAACACAAUCGAUGGCGCUGUUGAUCAGGACUACUUUCGAUCAACAUUAAUUUUUAGUAUGUUUUCACGGCAAAUAUUCCAAGCAUCUAAGCUACACUUUUUUAAAAUCAGCACUGAACUGAUAACAAACUGUUUCCAAUUUGAAAUAGAAACAAAGAUGUUGGUUUUCAAAUUUAUUGUGGACAAUGUGGCUAAUUUUGCCAUUGAAGAUUGCCUGGAAUUCACGGCCGCAUUUGUAAAGAAGCACAAAUGCAUUGAUAAUGCACCGUUUCGAAAUGAGAUUUUAGGAAAAAUGCCUGCUAUGAUUAACUAUGUGGCCAAAGCUUUUAGCAAAUUGCAUGAUGCAGAGGGCACAACCACACUUGAGACCAGUAUUCAAGCAUUUUUCAAACAAAUUCACCUGUUAAUUGAAACGGACAUUGGAAGUGCGUUGUAUCAGUCUAAAAUAUUUUCCUUGCGCUUGCUGGAAAUAUUACUCAAGUCAUUGUACGCAACCCACUUGGAAAAGAAUGCGAAAAAUUGCUGCAUAGCACAGAACAAAAAACUGGGCCAAUUUUUGAUUGAAAAACAAGUAUUUGAGCCUGCCAAAUUAACAGAAGCACUUUUCAAACUAAUUGAUGAUCCUCUGGGCUUCGACGACGCAUUAGAUUUGAUUUUGUUACUCUUGCAGCAAAUCGAUUUCACAAAUGCAGCACAGAGUGUUCGCCUAUGUAAGGAAUUCAGUCGACGUUCUGAUGUAGAUGAAUGUGUGCUAAGUACACUCUACGCGCGAGUGACGGUCAACUGUUGCAAGUCUACGGGUAAUAACGAAUCGCUUUUUGAAUUGUUAGAUUUCGCCACAGAAAAUUUGGACAAAGAACUCGUAGGAUUUCAAGUAGAUCCACUGCUCGUAUGUAAGACACGCAAUCAUUUGUUAGGAUACAUCAAUAUCGUAGAUGAGAUUGUACAAGACAAUGCAUUUUUAACCGCGGAGCAGCAAGAUAAAUUACUUGAUCUUUUGGAAAAAGUAGUGAAUUCAGUUUUGGACUUUUUGAACGUGUGCAAAGCUAAUCCCAUGCAAGCUGGUAUUAACGCAGCAAGCUUUCAAGACAUGGACGAAAGUCUGGAAAUACUGGUGCAAAAAAGUGCAUACCAAAUAACUAAUAGCCGAGAACUUCGAAAAUUUUUGCUUAUGUCAUUCUGGCUAACGCUUAAGGCCGCUUGUGAUUUGGCGACGGGAAUCGGCAUCAGCUAUGUAGAAACUAACAGGUAUAACAAAAGCGACUUGAACAUACUCGGACGCUGCUUGGAGAUACAUGUAACGGUACUUACGCGCUGUAGACACAAAGGCGCCAUUGAAGCGGCAGGUGUGAGCAUAGGUAAGCUUACCAGAUGUAUUACGGCGAACUGCCUGCCGACUUCAGAAGGUUAUCUUUUGCUUUACAAGUGUUUGGAUCUGUUGUUCGAUAAUACCAAACAGGUGAGCGUUACACGCCGUGGUGCAGGGUACUCCCUUAUGAUGUUGCACAUUGUUAAAAAUGAACAACAGCGUUCCAGGCCUCUCCUAAAGCGUGUAAUGGAAAAAUGUAUGUGUCUAAUUAAUGAAAAACGUUUAAAUAACGCUUCUGAUGCAGAUAAUUAUGAUCGUUUUGAAACCCUAUUACUACACUACCUUGGUGUAUUGGUACGAGAUACGGAAUUGCGUGAUGCCACCUCACAUUAUUACAAUGAAAUGCUAUUGGUUGCUUUAAAACAUAUUGAACAUCCAGAGUGGACAGAAUUCAAUGCUGCACUUCAGUUAUUUGGCGCACUUAUACCGAAAAUUGUUGGGCAAACACCAGCAAAAGACCUUGACGAUGCAGUUGGAAAUGGAAACAAUGAUAUUACAUAUGAUGAAAUCAUACGGAAACUGCCAACAGCUUGCGACUGUUUACUAAAUUAUUUUGAAGCCAAAUGCAACCAAAGUACACGUACCACAGUGCUAUUAUUGGGGUUCCUAUCUAAAGUAAAACACCUACCAAAACAAACUGAACCUUAUGAAUGUUCGUUCUUACAACGUAUUCGCCAACAAAUGUGGCGUUUAUUGGCACAUCGCUGUGAAAGUGUAAGGAAAUUAGCUGCAUUGUGUUUUGUACGUGCUCACGACUUUAGCCACGAAUUGCCUAAUGCGCUUUUGAGUAUUUCUAGCAUACUUCAUCUCAUAUCGGAUGAAAAUUUAUUCUUAGGCUUAAUUUUUACGCUAGUCGAAGGCGUAUUACGUAUUCGACAUGAAAGUAUGCAUAUUAACGACGCGGAAACAAAGAAUUUCAUACAGAAAUUACAGUCAUAUUUGGCCAGUUUGGAAUUAAUACCACAAUACAAACCAUACACAUUAAGCAAGCUAAUGGAUUUGUUGUUAUUGGUAGGUACUGACUGUCACUCAAAGAUUGCGCAACAAUUAUUGCAAACAACUGUGGAGGAAGACUCAAUUGGCUAUGAUGAAUUCCAAGUCAGUGCAUCCAAAUUUAGCGCUAAGUAUAAUUAGAAAAAUAAAAUACUAAUAAUUAUGAACUUAAUGAUUAGUUAGAGGCUUUAGUUUUAAAUUUUAUUAUUUACUAUACAAAUUCGAAUGUAAUUAAGACUAAGUUGAAAAUCAAUAGGUAAGAUAAAAUGUCGCAAUAAGGCAUCGAUUUUAUUUCUGAAGCUGUUAGAGAUAAAACUAAAAAAAAAACGAAAUUCGAAUGCAUUUUCUAUUGGUUUUUACCCCUUACCAAAUUAACUUUAAUGUUUACACACAUACACUGGAGGCAGAAAUAAUAUAAACGCUUUAUUUUAACUGACUUGUUUUUGUUUAUUGAAUAUUUUUUACAAGUCUA